CCAGCGUGAGUGCGUCACGGCCCCGACGUCAGGCGGCGCUUCGCACGCACAGAAGCUGGCAUUAAAAGUUAAUUGAGGACAGUGGGAGCGAAAGUAACGCGGCGGCUUUUAACAUGUUGAUUGCGCCCCGCCCUCCCUCCCUGCCCGUCCGGGGAUGGAUCUGAAUGAAGACCGGGAGCGCCUCGCCUGCUGUACCUGUUGUAAUCCACCGCCUCCAGCCGCUUGUUGUUGUUUUGUGGCCGAAGUGGAAACGGGACCAAGAGCGGCUCCAACAGAUGGGGCAGGCAUUGUGGCGGGUUGCAAGAAAUCAGCAAAUGCAGCAUCAGCGAUACACCGAGGAAGACUACUACCUUGUAGAACAUGACCGGAGGCUUGCCGCAGCAAAUCGCAAGCAUGCCCAGCUUGGGGUUGACGUCUACCACAUCCUAAGAGUUGGCAGAUCAAAGGAAGAGCACAGAUUCCCAGAUCUGGAACUAUUGCCCCCGGAGUUAAGCUUAACCAUUCUAUCAUAUUUGAAUGCAACUGACCUCUGCUUGGCUUCGUGUGUCUGGCAGGACUUGGCUAAUGAUGAUGUUCUCUGGCAGGGGUUGUGCAAGUCCACCUGGGGUCACUGUUCCAUAUAUUAUCGAGUCCAUCCUUCAGGUUUAAACUACAGGCAACUCUACAUGCAGCUAGAUGAAGGCAGCCUUACCUUCAAUGCUAAUCCUCAUGAGGGAAUAGGCUACAUUUUUCGCAGAGGCAUACUGGACAAUGUCCCAAAGGAAAUUGCAAAGUUUAUUUUCUACACAAGAACACUAAAUUGGAAGAAACUUCGAAUUUAUUUAGAUGACAGGAGGGACGUGCUAGAUGAGCUUGUGACACUACACAACUUCAGCAACCAAUUCUUACCAAAUGCACUUAGAGAGUUCUUUCGGCACAUUCACGCUCCCGAAGAGCGAGGAGAGUACCUGGAGACGCUAAUCACCAAAUUCUCGCAGCGAUUCUGUGCUUGUAACCCAGCUGUGACCAGAGAACUUGGCCUGAGUCCAGAUGCUGUUUAUGUACUUUGCUAUUCUCUGAUCCUGCUUUCCAUCGAUUUGAAUAGCCCACACGUGAAGAACAAGAUGUCCAAGCGGGAAUUUAUCCGGAAUACUAGGCGUGCUGCCCACAAUAUUAAUAGCAACGUUCUGAAAAUCUUGCCAUUCGGUGCAAAGUAAAAGAAGGGGGGGGGGGGGGGGAAGGAAUCCCUUCUUAGGUUAGUGUCUUUUAAUAUAUGUUUAUUUAUCAUUGAGUAAGUGUAUUUUGAAAAAUAAUCUUUUGAUAGAUUUUGUACAAUCUUAGCAUAGAUCAGUUGUUCAUUACCAGUAAGGUCAAAUUCAGCAAGUCCCAUCCAGUUUGCUUUCUAUUUUUCUGGUUGCAUGAAACAUUGUUCACAGAACUACUGGUAAACGUGACAAGCAUUCUCUGCCGAUUACUCUGCAGUGGACCCAGAUGUGACAAAAGAAAACACCAGUGUUGGACGGACUGCUUUGGGGCCAUGAAUCCACUUUAUCUUGGUUCCUCGGAAGCAUGUUUUUCCACAUGGUUGUCAAAGUAAUGUUUAGCAGAAGAUUUUGCUGAAGGAUUUCCAUUCCGGGACAGCCUGCUUAUAAUUUUCUACCUUUAUAACAUAAGUUGGAGGACAUUUAUAAGGUAGUAAACACAAGAAAUUUGUACUUUUGUAAGAAGUGUAGUAGAAAAAAAAAUUGUGUUUAAAAAGAAUAAGGCUGUAAUUCUUUUCUGCUCCUAGCUUCCUGCAAUAAUUUAAACUAGCAAAGGGUUGGUUGUAAUCAACUUUAUAGAAAGGAUUUGUUGCCUAUUUUAACUCGAUCAAUAAUAUAAGAAGGGAUUUAUUAUGUACAUGUCUCAGUAUAUGUAAAGUCCUGGUUGCAAAUGUAAAAUUUGUCUUUAUUUUGAAAGUUGAUAAAUGCCUGUGAAUUCAUUUUAUACUUUCGUGACAUGAACAGCAGCUGGUGAACCAACAGAUCUGAAAAUUAGAUGCUACUCGUCAAGCUCUAAAUGGCACUUUUCCCGCAAAAAUUUGAAUGAAAAUAUAUAGUAUGGGGACCCUGAUCUCAGACUUCAUUUUCCAACUACAGGCCUACUUCAGAAUUCAAAUAUUGUGACUACAGUGUGGAGAUGUUUCUUUUUUUACUGAACAAAUUAAUUUUUAAUUAAAAUUUUUAUGAACUAU